AAGAAAAAAGAAAUUAAGAAUAAUUAAGGUUAGCGAAGAGGUAACGAGUGUCCUUUCCUGGGAAAUUAAAAGCACGAGAAACUAUGUAUCUUAUCAAUUUAGUCCUCUUGAGCAAUUAAAGCAAACAUUGGAGGAGAUAAUGGCUCAAGGAAAUAGUGGUAGAUGGAGUCUUCAAGGAAUGACUACUCUAGUCACCGGUGGAACCAAAGGAAUCGGGCAUGCCAUCGUGGAGGAAUACUGGCCAGACUCAGGGCAACCGUGCACACUUGCUCUCGAAACGAAGAUCACCUCUAUCAAUGCUUACAUGAACGGUAGAUGAAGGAUUUUCAAGUUACUGGUUCAGUUUGUGAUGUAAAUUAAAGUCUCCGGUGGAACGGGAGAAGCUACUAAAAAUGGUUUCAUAUAAAUAAUGUGGGAACGGUCAUAAGAAAACAAACUCAAAAUUUCACAGCCGAUUUAUCAUUUCUCCUUGCUAUGAAUCUUGAAUAAUCCGCUUUUCGCGUC